ACGAAGCCGCUGGCCACAAGGAUGCUUCCAGUCAUAGGGGGACCCUUUGUCAGCAACCUGGCACGUCAUUGUGGAUACUGCAGGAACGCAUAAGAGGGCUACAUAUUGGCGAUUUACUACCACAGAGGACUAUCCCCCACUUUCUUGUCGACCAAUGUCUACAGUCUCUGCAGAACUUGUAUACUUUUCUCCGCCCCCUGACGGGUCCCGCCCAUUCACCAGCAUCAAUGCUGAUUCCAAGACAGGCCAGCGCGCACGUAAUUGGGAACAAGAAGUGCAUACCGUUGAGAUUGAGAACGUUAGGGGCAAAGAAAGUGACUACACCUUGGACACUGCGGGCUUUCAAUAUCACACGAAAGCAUCCAAACACACUGCUUUUAUCAACGACGAGGCGAUCAGGGGGGAAUACUAUCCGGAGAGCAUCGAAUUCCUCAAGGAAGUCACGGGUGCGAGCAAAGUUGUUCUCUUUGACCAUACGGUCAGACGCCACCGCCCCGGAGACGCGGAAACGGACGAAACUAAGCGCCAGCCUGUCCAUCAGGUGCAUGUAGACCAAACUCCUGAGUCGGCUACUGCUCGUGUACAUCGCCAUCUACCUGCUGCCGAAGCAGAGAAGCUUGUGGAAAAGCGUUUCCAAAUUAUCAACCUUUGGCGGCCCAUCUCUCACCCCGCAAUUGAGCAUCCCUUAGCGCUGUGUGAUUACAGGACUGUCGAUGUAAAGAAAGACCUCGUUCCUGUCACAUUGGUCUAUCCGGAUCGUGAGGGCGAGACUUUCGGGGUGAAGUUCAACCCGGCGCACAGGUGGAAGUAUGACAAAGAUAUGAAACAGGACGAGGUAGUCUUGAUUAAAUGUUACGAUUCAGCUAAGGACGACAACAUUGCUAAAUUCACCCCACAUACGGGGUUCAAGGAUCCCUCUACACCACAGGGAGCGCCGCUCAGAGAGUCUAUCGAGCUCAGGGCGCUAGUUUUCUAUGAGUAGAGGUGCUACGUAGCCUGUAAGUUGCUUGCACUUAUC